GCGCGCUGCCGCCGCCAUGAACCCCCUGACGAAGGUGAAGCUGAUCAAUGAGCUGAACGCGCGGGAGGCGGAGCUGGGCGUGCAGGAUGCGGUGUCGUGGCACGCGGAGUACAAGGACAGCGCUUGGAUCUUUGUGGGCGGGCUGCACUACGCGCUGACCGAGGGGGAUGUCAUCUGCGUGUUCUCGCAGUACGGCGAGGUCGUCAACAUCAACCUCGUGCGCGACAAGAAGACCGGGAAGUCCAAGGGUUUCUGCUUCCUGUGCUAUGAGGACCAGCGAAGCACCAUCCUGGCUGUGGAUAACUUCAAUGGGAUCAAGAUCAAGGGACGGACCAUCCGCGUGGACCACGUGGCCAACUACCGGCCCCCCAAGGAGUCUGAGGACUGGGAUGACGUGACUAGAGCCCUCCAUGCCAAGGGCUGCGGGGUCAAAACGCCGCCCCACACGUCGUCCGACUCCGCGUCUGAGGAUGAGGAUGUGCUCGUGAAAAAGCAGAAAGAGGAGCAACAGAGCAGAGCAGAACGGUCCAAGUCGAGCCCGCAAGCCGGAAAGCGGGUGAGCACGGAGGAGCCCCAUGCCAGGAUCAAGAUCAAGAAGGAGAAGGAGGACCCGGGGUACGAGCGCUAUGCUGGCGGGAGCGCCGGCAGGAGCGCCGGGAGCAGGACACAGCGCGAUGAGGAGCAGCGGCGGCACCAGCGGCACUCGGACAGCAGGGGGGACAAGAACUGCCGCGAGCACAGGGGCCAGAGCGGCUCCUGGGAGGAGCGGGAGAAGAGGGAGGAGGCUGGCAGGAGGGGCGACGGGCACAGCAGCCGGCAGGACGCGUCCCCCAGGGGAGGCAGGUCUCGGGAGCCCCAUUCCCGGCACAGGGAGCGGGGCUCUGGCAGAGACUCCGGUCGCUGCUGAGCCCUGGGUGAGCAUUGGGGUGAUGGAGGCUCUGAGCCUGCCCAAGCCUGCUCCAAGCUCCUGGGAUGCCAUGGCUGGACCUUUCACCUGGGAGCUUCCCCCUUGCCUCUCAUCCCACCCUGGGCCAAGGCUCUCCAUGCUCCCUGUGCUGCUGGCUGGGACAGGGGCCUGUCCUUCCACUGGGGAGGGUGUCAAGCAGCGAAGGCUGGGAGCAGCAGGAUGCUCCCCUAAAUCCCUUGGGGUGGUGUCCCCUUCUUGCACUGGGGGCAGAGGCUGCCGGGUGUCUGAGUUUGGGCCCUGUACCCACGCAGCAUCUUCUGGAUUCCGUGAUGAAUCCAUAGGGCUGCACCGCUGUCAUUGGGGUGAUUUAUUAUGGAUUUGUUUAAAGGUUUCUUAAUAAAAGUUCCUGAUAGGGAGAA